CAACACCCCUCUGUCCUUCUCCUCCAAAGUUUGUUAUAUAAAGUACCGAGACCCCUCAAGUGUUGGUGUGGCGCAACAUCUCACCAACACUGUUUUUAUUGACAGAGCUUUGAUAGUGGUUCCCUGCGCAGAAGAUGACUAGACUGGCCCAGCUGUUACACUACACUAGCCUGAGUCAGGCAUUGUUUUCCAAGCCACUAUCCCCGAUCGGGCCAACGCAGCCUUCAAGGGGGGGUUGUGACCCGGAGAAUAGCCCGCAGAACCUUCCAAGAUGGACACCUUGUCUCUUUUUUUUUUUUUUUUUUUUUUUUUUUUACUUUAUUUUUGUUUUCGGUUUGUUUCCUUUUCAUACUAUCCCAUGUUGUCCACUCUCUACUGUCUCUAUCUAGAAACUUGCAGGUUGUGUUUAUAUUUGUUAUUUUUUUGUUUGUUAUUUUGAUUAUUGUCCAACCCCCCCAAUCCCCUCUCUCUUUCCGCUACAGCUGGAGCUUGUGUGUGGUUGAAUUCAGUCCAGGUUGCUACGGCACACCGGUGGGAUGUGUGCCACACAAAAGAUGCUAUGAGGAUCACUAACUCUUUUGUUCUCUUGUCUCCUACGUCUGUUGACGUAGUGAAGGGCUAGUCUGUGUGGAAAAAGUGAGCCUCAGUAACAAAUCAUAUAUAUAUAUAUAUAUAUCUUAAAAUAUUUGUGCACUUAUUCAUUUACUUGACACUGGACUAAGAAGGCAACAUUUAGUACUUUUUCCUCACAUUACUUCAGUACCGCUCUGAUGUGAAUGUUUAGUAAUGACACAGAACUGAUCAGUGUAGCAUCAUUCUCUCUUUGUAAUGCAUUAAUACAUUGCUCUGUUCAUGUUUUGCUUAACAAAGAUGGUUAUUUGCCCCUUUAAUGCUGAAUUCCCUCUAGCUCUAGGUCAAAAUUGGACGGUGCCUUGCAAUAUUAUUCACAAAAUUUUCCUAAUUUUGUCUCGAUGCAACCACAAACUUUGAUGUGUUUUUUUUUUGGACUAGGAGCCUCCAAUGCAAGGAUCCGGAGUCUCAAGUGGCUCUUUGGACGUUCCACAUCGGCUCCUAUUACCUCCCAGUAAAAAUAAUUUAAAACCAAGUGAUGUUUUUGAAUUUUACUAUAUAAUAAUUGUUUGUUUGUUUUUUUAGUAUCAAUUCAUCUUUUGAUAUUUGUUAAUUGCACUAAAUUUCUAACACAGAAGAUGAUUUUUAGAUUUUUCAUUUAUUUAUUUUUUUUAAACUUUUGGUUUAAAACACUAAAUGUAUAUAAAGUUUAAAUUUUUAGCAUUUUUUUUUUCCAAAACCAAAUAAUAGAAAUAAAACAGUGGUUCUAUAAAAAAAAUUACAACAAAAUUCCUUUAGCAGGUUUUUGUCUUUUUUUUUCUUUUUUCGGACACAUGCGGCUCUAAACGAGUUUUAUUUCAGUGGACUGAGGGCCACAGAAUGGCUCUUUGGAUCGUGAAGGUCCAAAGAGACCUUUGCGAUCUCUUAGCAGGCCCCAGUGCUAGACCAACACAAAGCGGUUUUACUCUUGUGUUGCUCGGUCACAUAAAGUCCCAGUGGAGCAGAGUUGAGUUUGUGGCUGCGUCUUGAGGAAAUGUGGGAAAGUUGAAGGGUUGUGAAUCUGUUUGCAAGGCUCCGUUUAAAACUUUCAAAUCUUCCUCCUGAGAGAGAAAGGAAGAAUAUUAUUAUCCACAGUGGAGUGAACACAAUUCCUAAUUGGUUGUUUUAUUGACCUCUUAGCAUUUCCAAAGUUCUUAAAACUGUUGUUCUUUUCUGUAUCUGAUGUUCUGUGUGCUAUUAGUGAUGCAGCCAUUGGGGGUUGUCUUGUGUUGCACACCUUUCCAACACUGCGAAACGAUCGCCCCCCCCACUCCCCCCGCGGAAAAGCGCCCAUGCUUGAUAUCGUAUGGUUCAUGACCAAUAUGUUUCCAGUACAGGGAAGAUCCCAGAGGAGGCCAAGGCUCUGUCGCUGUUGGCACCUGCCGCCCCGGUACCCAGUCUGAUUCCAGGCGGAGGAUUGCUGCCGAUUCCCACUCCGGCUCCACUUCAGAACCUGAACCUCCCUCUAGUGAAUCGGAUCACAGCGGGCCUCGACGCCACAGCCUCUGUGCUCUCUCAGCCUCCCCUCAUCGGCAAUGUCGACCCGACCAAAAUCGAUGAGAUUAGGAGGACGGUUUAUGUUGGAAACCUAAACUCACAGACCACCACUGCAGAGCAGCUGCUGGAGUUCUUCAAGCAAGUGGGAGACGUGAAGUUUGUCCGGAUGGCCGGAGACGAGACUCAGCCGACCCGCUUCGCCUUCGUAGAGUUUGUGGAGCAGGACUCGGUGGCCAGAGCCCUCACUUUAAACGGAGUCAUGUUUGGAGACAGACCCCUGAAGGUCAAUCAUUCCAAUAAUGCCAUAGUGAAGCCGCCUGAGCUGACGCCGCAGGCUGCUGCGAAGGAGCUGGAAAGUGUGAUGAAGAGGGUGAGGGAGGCCCAGUCCACCAUCGCUGCUGCCAUAGAGCCAGAGACCAAGAAGCGUUCCUCCAGCCGCUCCCAAAGGUCACGGCGGUCCCGUUCCCGGACGCGCUCUCGUUCCCACUCGAGGUCACGGAGGAAAAGGUCCCGCUCCAAACACAGGCAAACACAAAGGUCUUUUCCUGGCGGUGACGCCCACAGUUCAAGGAGCGGCCACAAGAGGCGCUCUCGUUCCAGAGACAAGAGACAUGCCAGGAGUCGCUCCAGAGGCCACAAAAGGAGGAGCAAAGAUCGGUCCAGAAGCCCUCAAAGGAAAGCGAGAUCACCUUCACCAAAACGAAGUAAACGGGAGAAGAGGCGGGAGCGCAGCAGAGACAGGAAGGAGCGCUCCACCUCCAGGAAGAGAAGCCGCAAAGACGAGGAGCGGAUAAAGAGCAAAUCCAAGACGACCAAGGUGAAACGGCUCGCGACUUUCUCACCAGAAAGUCUGUUAUCCCGUUAACAGGAUGACCGAUUUAGUAGAACGUGGCCCUUGAAGUGAUUUUGUUUGGCCCAUGACCACAAGUCAAGAAUUUGGAAAUUGUCUGUUUUUUCGUUAAUAAGGCAAAAGUCCAAAGCCUCUUUUAUGUUUUGAGUCUUUAAUAAUAUACAGAUUUUAUUAAAAAAACAAUGAAAUCUGUAUAUCAUUUCAUUAUUGAGCAGGAAAACCUACAAAUUACUAAGUAAUUUUGUGACCCGUCAGUAGUUUUGAAUUUGCUAAGAUCAGUGCUGACUUCUUUUUUUUUUUUUUUUUUCUUGAAGUUUGAAGUCUUCAUCACACUUUCCUGUCAGUAACAAUUUUGAUCAAGCACCUUUUUUUGUCUUUUUAAGUACUUUUACAUAAAACCACAUGGUGGCUCCUAGAGGGGAGUUUUAUAAUCAAAGCAAAAUGACAAGAUCAUCACCAUUUAUAGCCUAACCUCUACUAGCAGCCGCGAUGUGGAGUUAAAAUUUUAUCUCCAUAUUUUGUGGUACUAUUGUGAUAACAAGAAAAAUUGUUAAACUAUUUAUUACUUCUUUUUUUUUUGGGAAUACUGUGGCUGUGCCUGGAUUGCGCCACAAAUACUGUUCUUGAAAAACAUUCUCAUUUAAAACAGACUUCUUUAGGAUGCCAGUUGCUUAGAGAAAAGUGUGAUUUAUAUCACUAAAUCCCAAACAGUAACCUUAUUUUAUUAUAUUAUCAAAUUUAAUGAUAUUUAUGAAUUCUCUCGUGGAGCAGUAGAGACAACGACAAAACCAGGACUUCUGGUUAUACUGCUGUUGGGUUUUUUUUUUUUGGUUGUUUUUUAUGUCAACAAUUGGAAUCAAGAUAACAAUAAAUCAAAAAUAUUUUAAGAAUUUUUCUUUAAGACAGUUGAUAAGAGAUAAUUGCCAACCCCUUAACCUCUACCUAACUUUUUAUUUAUUUUUUUAUUCAACUCCAGCGGCGUCUUGGGAGUUGAUGCGUUCGCCCUCAAAUUGGUUCGGCUCAUGUAAAAUUAUAAUGAUUGUUUUGCUCUUCCUGGUUUUUAGUGAUAUCUUUGUUCGAAUAAGAAAAAAAGCAUCAAGUGUCUCAAACGUAAACAUUGGCACGGAGCAAAGGAAAGGUUCAGAGUGCAAAAACAAACCCAGUGCGCUGAGAGUGUCUGAAUAUAUUUAGCCACUGAGAGCCUUUCACAAGUCUAAAACCAAACCAAAUGAGAUGGUGGCAAAAAAAAAAAUUUAAAGGUAGUAGCGUACAGGAAGUGCUGCAGCUCUGUGACUGAGUUGUACUUAAACAAAUUACACGACCAGUUUGAUUCUAACUGGUUCAACUUCAAAAUGACUCGAUGCACUUUGAAAUGUUACGUUUGACAAGAACCAUUCAUGCCGUUUGCUCUGAAGUAAACCUGAGAUUAGGGGGCGGAGGGAGAUAAAUGAACCAGAGCGUCGGACCACAGCACAUUGCUCUGUCCCCAACCCGUCCCACCAGCGUCAGGUAAUCUCGUUUCAGUGGUGAAUGUUUCCACUUCUCUUCAGGUCGUUUUCAGAUGAGACUGCACAAGUAGCCUACUUCAGUUCCAGAUCAACCCAAACGAUAGCUUUGAUAGAAAAAAAAAAAAAAAGAUGAAAAAAGGCGCAUCGCGCCGCAUCUGAUCUGAUAACCAGCUGAACAUCUUAGACGGCUGAAAAGAUGCCCUCGAAAAGAAAAAAAACCCGCCAUUAUCUUGUAGAGUUCUGUUCGUCACAUCUGCACGGAUGGUUUUGUCACGCACAACAGUUAACAACUUUUUUUUUUUUUUUUUGGAGUGUGAUGCAGCUCAUAGAUUGUUCUGUUUUUGAGGUAAACACGAUUCUCUUGUCAAAUCCAAUCAAGUUAACUCUGAUGCCAUUUCAGGCAUAAUUUAUUCCAAACAUAACUCUGUGCCAAACAUGAUUCCUGCUUCCACUUGUAUAUAUAUAUAUUUUUUUACCUAUAAAAAAACGUUUUCCCAUACGACAAGUGAAGAAAUCUACCAGUGAUUUUGGGUUUUUGGAGUGUAAUUAAAAUAAUAUUUCGUCUGUAAAACAUACAAGGUUCAUUUUGAGAUCACCACACACCAGAGCUGCUCAAGAAGACUAGAAAUAUUUGUACUUUAAUCGCUGUUUUUUUUUUUUCUCCCCUCCACCUCAGGGUGUCCAAACUUUUUGCCUCAUGAGCCAAAAUUGUCAAGUCAAGAGGACUUGAGGGUCAAAAAAGUUAUAUUUUUAAUUAAAACUUACACUGCCAUAGAAUUUGUUUGGCAAUUUGAUUAAGGACGAAACGAUUAAUCGGAUUAAUCGAUUAUUAAAAUAAUUGUCAACUAAUUUAGUAAUUGAUUAGUCAUUAACUAGAGUAUACAGAAUCAAAAAGGACCAUUUGCUUAAAUAACAAAAUAUUUAUAGCAGUAAUUAAGCCAAAACUGUACUCUC